AUGAUUUCCACUUUUCUAUUUCUUCUCAUUCAAAAUGCAUUGAGUGUCGUCUGCCAAUUAUCUUCUUCACAAAACGAAAUAGACGAAAGUUGUCAGAUCCUCAGUGCAUCAUUCACAACACAAAAUCUGACAAUUAAAAACGAAACUACAAUAUCCGUCUCAGAUUCAUUGACUUUUCAGAGUAACUCCUUUUUGUGUAUGAAGGAUAACACUACACUGAAAAUAAUCAACAAUCUUCUUUUUUAUUUUUCUAUAGCUGAAUUAUCACGUGAUUCAAAACUUAUUACCAAAACUAUAGAAAUGCACAAAACGCAAAUUACACAAAAUGGAAAUGCCCAAUUGAACGUUACGGGACAACUUCUGGUAUAUGACAACUCUCUGAUACUUUUAUUCGACAAAACGAACAUUUUUUCUUCUUUGACAAUUUUGUCCUCUUCAAAUAUUUCAAUGAUGCAAAACACGAAUUUAUUUGUCGAAACAACUUUUCAAUUAAAAGACAAUGCCUUUCUCAGGAUCUUUGAAUUUUCUAAAGUAGUUGCUAAUUAUUUGGAAGUGUUACAAAACGGAAAUAUAGAAAGUUAUACCACAAGUUCGAUUGUUAUUUUAAAUUCAACUGUAAUUCAAAACAGUGGGCAGAUAACACUCCAAAACGAUUCUUCACUUUAUAUAGAGCAGAUUUUGACAAUAGAAAGCGACUCCAAAUUCUCAAUUUAUGACUUUGCAUAUGGAAAAAUCGGGAAUUACACUUUGGUAAGAGAUAAUGGAAUACUUGUUAUAUCUAACAAUAACUAUUUUCAAUUUAAUAUCGUUGAAAUAACCGAAAAUGGGAUUCUUUUAGUUGAUAAAAAAGGGACAUUUCAUUCAAAAAUGCUUUUAUGUAAAAAUGUGACUAUUGAAGUGAGAAAUCAUUCACUAAUCAACACAAUAACAACUAAAAUAGAUUCAGACACAAUUAUUUAUACAAACAAAAUAGCAGGAGAGUCUCCUCUUUUUAUAGUUCACACAAUCGCUGAAAUACAAAAUUUUUCAAUUCAAAACGAAAACACCGACUUUUUCGACUUGAUGUAUUCAAAAGAGGAAAUCACAAUAGAAAGUGAACAACUCCCCAAAAAUACAUUUUUAAUGAUGAACAAAACUCUAUUAAGGUAUGGACUACAUAAUGAAUUAUUUUGCCAUUUAGAAAAUGAAGAUGUUAAAAAUCGAUUAUAUAUAGAGAACUAUUGUCCCUGUAAUAUUGAUAAUUGUUAUAUAGCACCUGUUGGAGGAGACGACUGUGUCUUUGUGAAUAUAACUAAUGACGAGGAGAAAAAUACAGAAAAUGAAAAUGAGAGUUUGCCUUCCCUUCCAAAUAUCAUUCGCCUAUCAAAAUAUACUUUUUACAUCGGUCACAAACAGUUUAUACAUUUUCAUAUAACUUCAAAUAUUAUGAAUGCGACAGAUAUCAAUUUCUUUAAUAUUUCAAUGUCAGCGAAAGUGUUAAUUACAUCACAAACUCCAUUUAAAAUACAUUCCUUGGGUUUAAGCGAAAGCGUUUUGUGUACUAUUGGAGUUAUAGAAAGUGGUACAUUCAAAUGUAUAGAGUAUCUCUAUAAUAUUAAUAUUAAUAACAAUACUAAUAUUAAUACUGGUUAUUGUGUGAAUGGAAGUAUUGAUAAGAUCACAAACUUGUGUGAACACUGUAUUAUAUCUAAUUGCGAGAAGUGUACAAUUGAGAAGUGUGUCUCGUGUAGUACCAAUUAUUCCCUUGACAUAUCAUCAGGAGAAUGUGUAGAAGACAAUCAUUGUUUAUACUUUGGAAAGAAUCGUUGUUUAAAAUGUGAGGAGGGGUAUUCCAUUGUCGAUGGAAUAUGUCAAGUGAAUAAAGACAUGUGCGUAGUAAAAAGUUUUGGUAUUUGCUUGAAGUGUAUAAACAAUUUGCAAUUGUCACAAUCACACAUAUGCAUUUUAAGGUCUUCUUUAAUUGAAGAAAAUGAAAAUGAAGUUCCAUGUGGAAAAGGAUUUUAUAAAGAAAACAGUGUGUGUAUUUCUUGUAAUGAAAAGUUUCCCAAUUGCACACUUUGUGACUUCAAACGGUGUUAUUCGUGUGAAGAGAAUUACAAGUUAUAUGAGUCAAAGUGUAUUAAUAUGAAUUGUACUGCCGAUUUUAGUACGAAAACAGACCAAAAUGGACUCUGUCAUCGUGUCAUACAAAACUGCUUCAGAAUUGUUAAUGGCAUUUGUGUUGAGUGUGAAGACAAUUUUCAAAUGUCGCGAUAUAACACUUGUGUAGAGUCUCUUAUAAGCAACUGUAAAGUGUCAUCCUCGUCAAGUGUAUGUCUGAGAUGUACAAACAAUUACUUUCUUGAUACUACAAAUAAGAGAAGUACUCAAUUAAAUUCAAAUCACAAUGAACGGAACUGUCUGAAGUGUCCAUUUCAAUGUUCUGAGUGUAUGUACAACAAUUCAUUCUGUUUAAAAUGCUCUUCUGGAUAUUAUUUAUCUGAUCACCAAUGCGUUUCCAAUUUAGAAUUAAAGGCGAAAUGUAAGGAUUACGCUUCCUCGGGUAAUUGGUGUUAUGAAUGUAGCGAUGGGUAUUAUCAUCAUGGUGUAGACUGUCAUCCGUGCAACCAAAAGUGUUCUACAUGUGUUCUUGCAGACACGUGUAUUGUAUGUAAUACGACCAAUUUCAUGUCAUCAAGUGGGGAAUGCCUUCCUCAGAGUUUAAUAGUUGGGUGUAAAGUAGAAGUGACACAAAGUGGGUGUUCUCUUUGUAGUGAUGGUUAUUAUUUAUAUAAAACAAAUCAGUGUAAAAGUUGUUCUUCACAAUGUAAGCAGUGUUCCAACGCGAAUUUGUGUGAGUCUUGUUUUGCGACGUUUGUAUUAAAGAAUGGGAAGUGUGUGUUUUAUAAAACCAUUCAAAAUUGUAUUGAAGAGAAGAAUUCGAAGUGUGAGAAAUGCAAAUUGUUGAAUAAAGUGAACUCCAAAGGAGACUCUUGUAAUGAUAUAUCAUACUUAUUCAUGUCUCUGGUUUUUAUAGCUCUUCUUCUCAUCUUUUUCGCGUGUGUUUUUAUCGCGACAUCCAUUGGAAUUCGUUUUAUUAUAAGAAAGAAGCAACUCAAGACUAUGAAAUUAAAUAAGCGCAUUUUCUUACUAAAAUUCACAAAACAUAAAUUCCAAACUAUUUGUAAGGGGGUGGGUGUCAACGUGAAAGAAAUCGAUUUCAACGAGGGCAGCGAGGAAGACGGAAUUGAUGUCAAAAAAGAAACGACGAAAUUUUUGUAUGUCGUGAAUUUAAAAGGAAAGAAGAAGUCGUUUGAAAUUGGUAUUAAAAGUGCAAAUGAGAGUUAUAAGAUCAAGAUAUGUCCAACACACUUCGAUUUAGAGAAAGGCGAGUGUUGUCAAAUCGAAGUCCAAGUUAAGCCGAAAUACACGUGUAACAUUUCCGAUGUUCUCUUAGUCGGUGUUGUUGAUAAGACGAAACAAAAAGUUUUUAAAGAGGCAGACCCACCACUUCCCAAAGUUCAUCACUUUAAAAACAUUUCAUUGCCGGACAACAUCGAAACACCGAAAAGUACUCAAACGGCAGAAGACGGCAUUUUCAUACACACAAAAUCAAAACGGACGCAUUCUUCAUUAGACUUUACGAAGGAUACAAUACCAAGAAAAUCAAUUGAAAUGCAUUUGGAGAAUCACUUCUCUCUACACAACUAUGGAUUCAUUUCUCUCUCUGAAAUCCCAUUUUACGCUCGAACCAAAAUUACUACAAAACUCGAUCCUAACGAAU